GGAGGUAGGGGAGCUGCGCCCGGGGGGAGCGAACGCCGCGAGGUCGUCCCUUGCCCUCCGCCGCCCUCACCUGUCACCUCCCGGCUGCCGGGCUCUUGCUGCUGCUGCGGCGGGGCAGCCCCUUCCCUCGACUCCGUUCCUUCUCCGCUACCCCUGGCCGGCUGCGCCGCUCGCAACCCCGCUGCCGUUGGGCGGCCGCCGCCCACCCCCUCUCUUGCCCUCCUCCUCCCCCCAUCCCAUCCCGUCCCAUCCCACCGGCAGCCGUUUCCUGGCGCGACCGCCGCGGGCGUGGGGUCGCUGGGUGUCCCCGCCGCCGGGCAGCCCCGCGCUCUGCAGCCCAGGUGUGGCGGGGGCCGAGGCUCCGGUGGCUGGCGGGGUCUGACGAAGGCGCGGUGUCCUCUUGCAGCCGUUCUCGGGAGGGGACAGAGCCCGAGGGCGCGGCCUCUCCUCAGCCCCGGUGGUCGUGGUUUCGCUGAGGUUUCCCGGGAGGUGGAGGGGGGGGGACGGCCGCCGCCGCCUGUGGGAUUCCGCCUGUGGGAUUCCGCCCGUGUUCCCUGUCCAGCUCUCCCCUCUUCCUCCCUGAUCCCCUUCUCUGUCUACAUGGAAGGGCUUGUUCCUUUUCCUAUAAAGAUACUCCUUAGGUUGUGAGGAUUUGGUGGAAGGAGUGUCUCUCUGUCUUUCUUUUGUGUUUUUGUUGGCUUUUUUUUUUUUUAUUUUAAAAACAAUUUUUAUUUUAAAAUCCUUCACACUGUUGCUGGGCUUGUGCAUUUUCUGUGCCAGUUAUGAGAAAGCAUUCUAGCUAUCAGGUAGGUAGGUGGUGAUGAAGAGCGUGAGAGGGGACAACACCCAGGAGAGAAGGCAGUUCCUCAUUUGGAGCCGCUAGGAAGGAGAGGGAUGCCGGGAUUCCCACUGCUGGGCUAUUCCUUGCUUCUGCUCUCAGGUUUCAUCUUUCAUAUUGGUCGGUGAGGAGGGAAAACCCGGUUGCUAUCCUCGGGCUUGAGCUUAUGGAAGGGAAAAGGAUUAUUUUCAAGCGGGGUUUUGUGUGUUUGCAGCAAAGCCGCUUCCUGGGUUGGAGGAGCAAGAAGCUGUGUUGGAUAAGGAUCCAUUCUUUUUGGUGUAUGUGAGGGCUCUGCGUGCUGUUGCUGAAUUACUCCAGCCUCGCUCUCGGAGAUCCUCCUCCUACCUGCAUCGUGUAUCGCCAACCAUCGCUGCGGCAGGAAGCUACUGACUGCCUAGAAAUAAAGAAAGGCUGUGACAAGCCUCAUUGAUCAAGGUGGAUUUUUUUAUGUCCAAGAACCUUUCCACAACUGCCAUUUGCAAAACCUUUGAACGCACCCUAUUGUGCCAUGUUUUGUGGCUCUCACCGUAAAAGGAAUUUGUCUUGAUGAAGAUUCCUAACAUUGGUAAUGUGAUGAAUAAAUUUGAGAUCCUUGGGGUUGUAGGUGAAGGAGCCUAUGGUGUUGUACUUAAAUGCAGACACAAGGAGACACAUGAAAUUGUGGCUAUCAAGAAAUUCAAAGACAGUGAAGAAAAUGAGGAAGUCAAAGAAACCACUUUACGAGAGCUUAAAAUGCUUCGCACUUUGAAGCAGGAGAACAUAGUGGAGCUGAAGGAAGCCUUCAGAAGACGAGGAAAAUUAUACUUAGUUUUUGAAUAUGUGGAAAAAAAUAUGCUUGAAUUGCUAGAAGAGAUGCCAAAUGGAGUUCCACCAGAAAAAGUGAAAAGCUACAUCUACCAGCUAAUUAAAGCAAUUCAUUGGUGCCAUAAGAAUGAUAUUGUUCAUAGAGAUAUCAAGCCAGAGAAUCUCUUGAUAAGCCACAAUGACGUUCUGAAGCUGUGUGAUUUUGGCUUUGCUCGUAAUCUCUCUGAAGGAAGCAAUGCUAACUAUACAGAAUAUGUGGCUACCAGAUGGUACCGCUCACCUGAACUCUUGCUUGGAGCCCCCUAUGGAAAGGCUGUGGAUAUGUGGUCUGUGGGCUGCAUCCUGGGAGAGCUGAGUGAUGGGCAGCCCUUGUUUCCUGGGGAGAGUGAGAUUGACCAGCUCUUUACUAUUCAGAAGGUGCUAGGCCCACUGCCAGCCGAGCAGAUGAAGCUCUUCUACAGCAACCCACGAUUCCAUGGCUUGCGGUUUCCAGCAGUCAAUCAUCCACAGUCUUUAGAGAGAAGAUACCUGGGAAUUUUAAGUGGUGUAUUGCUUGAUCUUAUGAAGAAUUUACUGAAGUUAGAUCCAGCGGAUAGAUAUUUGACAGAACAAUGUCUGAACCAUCCUUCGUUUCAAACCCAAAGGCUCUUGGAUCGCUGUGGAAGUUCACCUUCACGGUCAGCUAAGAGAAAACCUUACCACGUAGACAGCAACACAUUAUCCAACAGAAAUCAAGCCAGCAAAAGUUCUGCUUUGCAGUCACACCACAGAUCAAACAGCAAGGAUAUACAGACCCUAGGGGUUGGUGGGCCAAGAGAAGAGGGUCUUCCUGCAAAUGAAAGCUUUUUAAAUGGAAAUCUUCCCGGACCUGCACCUAGCCCAAUGCAUGCAAAAAAACCAAGCAACACACCUGGAUCUGGCAACAAGGAUCUAGCCAACAAUAACAUGCCUCACCUUCUCAGCCCAAAGGAAACAAAGGCAAAAACAGAAUUUGAUUUUAAUGUGGACCCAAAAAGUUCCGAUGGCCCGGGUACGAAGUACCUGAAGUCUAACACCAGAUCUCAGCAGAACCGGCACUCAUUUUUGGAAACUCCUCAAAGCAAAACUGGGACGCUGCAGCCCGGCGAUAAGCACAGUCGCCACAGCUACAUCGAUACCAUCCCACAGUCUUCUCGGAGUCCUUCAUAUCGGACAAAGUCAAAGAGCCAUGGGGUUCUGACAGACUCGAAAUCUGUAGGCAACCUCGCUGAGGUCAGGGCCCAAGCUGCAGAACCAAACAGCAGUAGGUAUUUCCCAUCCAGCUGUAUGGACUUGAACUCUCCUACCAGUCCCACCGCUCCACGGCACGGUGAUAACAGAACUUUGCUCAGCCCAUCUGGGAGGAAUAACCGCAGCGAGGGUACCCUGGAUACCCGAAGAGCAUCGACAAGACACUCCAAAACAAUGGAGGAGUUAAAACUGCCAGAUCACAUGGAUGGAAGCCAUUCCCACUCUCUAUCUGCUCCACACGAAUCUUUUUCCUAUGGUCUAGGUUAUACCAGUCCUUUUUCUUCACAGCAACGCCCUCAUAGACACUCUAUGUAUGUGAGCCGGGACAGAGUGAGGUCAAAGGGCUCAGAGGGUGGCUUAAGCAUAGGGCAAGGGAUGGCAGCCAGAGCAAACAGCCUGCAACUGUUAUCUCCACAGGUGCAGCAUAAGUCACUCACAAGAUCUGUUGGCUCAUCACGAGAAGACUGUACAGAAGAUACUAAUAGGGGUGGAGCAUAUCAUGAUCCACACACAGAAGAUGGAACAUCUACUAAGGAAAAUAGAAUUCUGUAUAAUGAUCCUGUUCCAAGAAGAGUUGGCAGCUUUUACAGAGUUCCAUCUCCGCGUCCAGAGAGCACAUACAUAGAGAACAGUGUGUCAAACAGAGCCUCUGUGUUACCAGCAGACAGCAGCACGGUGGCAAACCACUCAAAGAGGCAAACCACCUUUGACACCUGGAAAAGUCCUGAAAACCUUAACAGUCACUCAGAACAGCUCAAGGAGAAAGAAAAGCAAGGUUUUUUCAGGGCAAUAAAAAAGAAAAAGAAGAAACCUCAAACCGUGCCUAGCAGUGAUGGUCAGGAUCUCUUGGCAUUACAGAAAGCCAUUCAUUCUACUAAUCACCAGAGCAGUAGGCAGAAAGAUUGGCAUCCUGAGAAGAUGACAGAAAUACAGCCUCAUAACCAGCCAUUAAAAUCUCUCCGAAAGUUCUUACACCUCUCCUCUUCAAACCACCCUGUCCCUGCGGAGCCUCGCUUCCAGCCCUUGCCAAGCCAGCCAGCCAAAGCUGCUUUCUCUGAAGUGCGGAUUCACCCCAUGAGCCAAAGCUCUGGUGGCAGCGGCGGGGGCGGCAGCGGCAACGUGCGGGCAGAGCCUCAGCCGAAGGGCCGCGCGUCCCUGCAGAUCCCCAGCCCGCUGGAACCCACCUGGCACGUCUCCCCGGUGAACCGUAGCGCCAGCGAUGGGCCCCCCUACUCGGAGCAGCUGCCUGCCAAGAGCGGACAGAACGGGCACACCUACAACCGGGCCAACCGGGCCCGAAUGCCCAAUCUGAAUGACCUGAAGGAGACGGCCUUGUAAUGGCGCUGGGGAGCCCAGGCGGGAUCCGGCGGAGAUCAGCGCAGGGGAGUGGUGGUGGUGGUGGUGAUGAUGGUGGUGGUGGUGUUGGUAAGACUGCAUAUUGAGCUUUAUGGAGGUGUGCAAUACGUAGGUGUGGAGCUGUGCUGAUUGGCACCACAGCGAGGGUCAGGGAUGAUGCAGAGGACAGAGGUGACUCCUGGGUGACCCCACAUCAGAAAUGUCAGUGGGUGCCCCUCAGGCAGAGGGUGUGGGUCAGGGAGGAGAAUGAAUUGGUGUUUCCUCUUCUUUACAUUCCAGCUUAGUGCACAUCUCUGAAAGCUGGGAGACUUCUGGUAUGUGUUGGCACUUGUAAGGGUGAAAACAUUCGUGUCUAGACCUAUACCCUUACUACUUCUUUUGCUGCCUAGUUAAAACAGUGGGGUUUAUGUGAUAAAAGUGUAUCCCCGUUAAGGGUUUAAAGUUAAAUUGUAUGUCUUAAAUUUGUUUUUUAAACUUCCAUAUUUGAUAGGAUUUGUAAUAUUUAUUUAUGAUGACCUAAUAUCGUACUGUUAUAAUAUCUUUUAUGUUAUAAUGUAAAGUUAUUUUGAGCUGUUUGAAACAUUGUGAAGCAGUGCAACAGCUACAGUAGUUUCUAUAAAAGACUAACAGUAACAUUUAUAUAUUGCAUCAGGAGUAUUUUAUUCUAUAUAUAAAUAUAUAUACAAACAGAAAAUAACUGUCUGUUUUUUAAAUAUACUCAUUUAAAAGAAAAGUAUUGUUAUGACACUAUCUGCCAUAUUUUUAUACAUUUGUGAUAUAAAGUGCAGUAUUAUACUUCUAAUAAAAGGAACUUGAAUGUGGAAAUAAACGUGAUUGUAACAGUAUGAAUCUUGCUUAGCUACAGUAGCCCGGUGUUACAGGCACUGUUGGUAACAAACAGAAGACAACACUCAAUCCCAGGCUUUCUUAUGGGCUAUUUUGUUGGAAAUAUUGGUGCCUGCCAAUAAUGUAAGAGACUGCAGAACUGUACAGUAAUUUAAAUGUGGUGUGUUCUCCCCUGUGUCCUUAGCUUUCCUGGUAAUAUUAAUGGAUUUCUGCAUCUGCAUCAAAAGCACAGAGCCCCAGUACCAAAUUCUUGUUUCCUGUAAAGAGAUGAAGCGCCCCGUGACUACAAGCUGAAGCAGGUGCUCUUCCACUUAAUAGCAGGGGUGAAAACCAAAGAAAUAUAGCAUGAAUUGCAAGUUAAAUGCCAGACUUUGACACUUAAGCAUAGCAUGGCACUGCAGAUCAUGGUAUAAGCUUUUAUGCAUAUGUGUAGUUUACAUCUUGUUGAGCAAUCUAUUAGCUAAUAAGAUAAACACUGUAUUUAAAUUUAAACUACUCUUGCACUUUUUAUUAUAUUUCAGGAUGUAUUUAAAGCUACAAAUCUGAUAUUUGGAUAUUGAGGGAGAAGGUUGCCAUGCAACUCAUUUUCUCCUUAGGUCUUACUAUCCAAAUAUUCCCGUACACAGUUCAGUCACCAGUCUCAGCGAAAUCCUAGAUCAUGGGUUCCAGUCUUCUGUACAGCAUUGUUAAAACUGCCUUUACAUUGGUGAAUGUCAAGUGUAGCAAAUACACAACCUGAUUCCUCUGUUGCUGCCAUUAAAUUAAAUCAAAGGUGAGUCAGGCCUGUAGUGUCAGAACAAUACAAUCUUUCCUUUUCAAACACAUCCAUUCAGCUCCCUCAUUACUCUGCAGCAUAAUUUUUUUUUCUAGAUGCUGUCCUCAUAAGACAUUUGUAAUUGCAAAUAUGUUAUCUCUAAAAAAAAAAAAAAAAAUUAAAAAAAAAAUAUUAGCCCAAAUGUAAAUGUGAUGAUUUAGUAAUAUACAUAGCUAGGAGAAGCAGCCAGGCAGUAAGAGCUGAACUGUUACUGGCGUAACAGUGCAAACUAGACGUGCUGUUUAGUACCUUUCAAGUCAUACCAAAGUUUUAACAACAACAAAUUUGGCACCACUACUCUAAAAAUGUUUGUCAGAAAGUACAAUAUGGAAGGCUGUUACAUGAGGUUUGUCCAGGGCUAAAAGUAAGUCUAGUAAACUUGAAAAAUUACAAAAUAAGAAUUCUUCAAUUGCCUGCAAGAAAUGUGCAUGUGGUUUUCUGCAGAGUUAUGAUAUAUAUAUGAUAUAUGAUAUUGAUAUAUCAUAUAUAUAGCAUAUAUAAAUACAUCAGACAUGAAGGAGUAUUCCAUUUUUUAAAAGUUCAGUGGGCAUCCAGGAUGGACACUGUGAUAUUUACUGGUCAUCACUGUCAGAGCUUAGAAGCAUGUUUAAGCAAUUGUGGACACUUAAGGACAAUGGGGUUAGUCCUGUUGUCCACUUUGAAAUGGGCUGGUGCCACUGAAAUCCCUCACAGAAGCAGUGUCCAAGACUGUCCAUGAUGUGUGAUUUCAGUGUCUCCGAGGGAUUGUUCAGACAAGACUCUUCUGUACUUUGUGGAUAAUAUAUCCUUUAGUCUCUGCAAUAUUUCUAGCUUGCUGGUAGGAGCUUCAUCCUGGGGAUGAGGAUGAUGAUGGGCUGUUCUGAUUCCUACAAGGAAAAAUGUUUCCAAAGGAUUUUUUUCUUGGUACCCAUUAAGUUAAGUCAGGGUAAUCUGGCUGUACAUAUAGCUGUUUAAAGUAGUUAGCAAAUCUUCAAGGGUGACCCAAGAAAUGUUCAAGAAUUUGAUGGCCCAUAUUUAAAUAACGUUGUUUCUCCUUCAUACUGCAUUUUCUGAAUUGCGUUGAAUGUAUGUAGUAUUUUCUUCCUUCUGUUGGAAAGAACUUCCAGCAGCUCAACCAGCUGGUGCGGUGAUAAAUCCUGUAUUUUUAACCUGGUCUAACUUCCCAAUAUUUAGAAUAUUGCUAAUGUAACUUUGUUGAGGCUUCCAAAGGAGUCUUAUUAUAGUGUGUGAGAUUUGCUGGCUUAAAUAAGAGGAAGAGAAUUACAAAGCAAAUAAUUUUGUAAGUGUGAGCUUUCCUCUUCACUGGUCUCUGAGUCUUGUGCUACAUGUUCUAUGGAUUCACUUACUAUGAAGUGUUGUAGUUAAACCACAUUUUAUUAUUUGGCAAUCUGUUUUGCCUUCUGGGAUCACUAAUGAUGUGAAUAGAAAAAAACUAAGCUUCAGAAAUUAAUUAUGGUCAUUUUGCAGAACUUCAGCUGCCUAAACGUGUCUGUAUGGUUUUGCUAUAGCUCUUGAGCUCUUGUAAACCAAAAAAAGAAGCACCUUAAGCUCAUCUUGAAUUAAAUUGUAUUUGUGUUUAAGCUGUCGUUUUAAACUGCCAUGUAAAUGUAUUAACCUUAAACAAUUUUUUUUCAACAGACCUGACCAGAGAAAACAGUCCCUUAGGGCUAUUUAAUGCUUUUUGCUCUGUUUAUUGCAGUCCAAGAUUUGUUGCUCCACUGAGAGGUUGUCAGCACAGAGCAUCAGGCAGAGUGUUGGCAGGAAGUCAGCGAUCUCAGAUUCUGUCCCUUCUUCCUGAAACGUUCCCCAUCCUUCAGGGCUUGGAACUGACACCAAGCUUUGAUUUCUGGUACCAAGUGAGACCCUACCUAAAUGUGUGGGUCCUGGCACCUCUUUAUUUACAGAUACUGGCUCUUGUAGAUUGAUAUUAAAGUAGGCUUCAAACCUCAAACCUACCAGGUACCCUCAGGACAUCCUUGGGCUCAUCACCUUCCUUUCCUACACUGACUUGUUUCUGGGAGCAAAGCUGGAGUGAUUCUUUGAGAAGCAGUGUCCUGUGACAGGCCUUCGGCCACUCCUUGUCAUUGCACUUAGGUCUCUUUAACAGAUGAAUCUUACUCGUAUAAAAUGCUACAUACCAAUUUCUUUGUCUUUUUUCUUCAAAAGCUGCUGUUGCUACUGGCUGAGUAGAGUCUUGUUUUCACCUAGAAAAAGCUACAACUUCUUAAAAAUUCAGUGCUGUAAACCUCCCUUGAAAGAAUGGAAACAGAUUAUAUAGUUCUCAUAGCACUGCUGUGAUCUGUUUAGCUAAGGCAAAACACAGACACUUUUGAGGGGAGCCGUGCUCUAGAGGUGUUUGAAAUUUUUAUUCAUGUUUCAACUUGUUGUUGUCUUAUAAUGAUUUGGUAGUGAGACAUGCUUCAAAAAUAUCUGCACGUAAUUAAUUCUGUAUGUGUUUGUCACUGUCAGGUUAGAGCUGGGUGAAUCUUAGAAUCCCAGUUACACAGAGUAUGGAAAGGAUAGCCAUGUAUAAUAUACAGCAAUGGGGUGGCAAUGAAUGUUUAUUUUUUCCAUUCCAGCUAGCAUACAUAGUACAUCUAUUAAUGACAUGAUAUCAUAAACCAUGCAUCUGGGCAUGUUCAUGUAAGUGGGACCACCAUUCAAAAUAAGAGUGUCCCAAAAGAUGACUGGAAAGGUGAUGUGCCCUAUGUAAUGCUUUUUAGAUGACUUUCAAAUCAGGACAUUAUUUAAGAACAGGUGCCUUUCCCUACACAGCUCUCUCUAAUGGUGUCAUGACGUUAACCACUCAUUAACUGGGUUUGUGGUGACUGAGGAGAAAAGCCAUUUAACUUCUGACCUUUGUUAAAAAGGGAGCAGUUUGAGUAAACCCUUUUUAAUUGAACACAGCUUGGCAGUUCUAGGUGUUGACUCCUUUUUUGAAGGGUCAAGCAGCAACAAGUGCAUCAAUGUUCAGGCUUCUCAAGCAAGUGAAGCCUCAUGCACAUCAUUUGUUUCAGAUGUACUGAAACUGAAGACUUCUCAUUUUGCAACCAAGAAGCAAAUUUUGUGAAAACUAAGCAAAGCAAAUAUUAUAGAAGAUCCUCUUUCAAUUGGAAGAGAAAAGCUGUGGUAGGUCACCUGUUCUCUCAGUGGACUGUCUUAGCAGCUACUGGAUGAGACAACAUAGGUAAAUCUGAUGGAUUAGGUCUGAGUUUUAUUUGCUCCAAGUUCUGCUUAGAUGCUUAUUUGUUACCUUGUCUACAGCCAAUUCUUUGGUGCAAAAGUUGGCACUUUCUUUGACAAACUAAGUGGAAGAUACACGAGAAGUGUGAGAGGACUGGCCCUGCUGUUUGGAUGCUUUUUAUUCCCUGCUCUUCUAGAAUGUAUCUCAAAAUAUGCAGCUGGGCAGGAGUGACUCUUGAGACAUGGCCCAAGAGUCUGAACAUAGAAUUUGUGACUUAGGCUAAGAGUGACUCUACACAUCUCUUAUCUCCUCUGCAAGUCAAACUACCUCCUCUCUUGCAGAAUGUGAUCAAACUUUGGUUUGUUCUAAGCUUAUUAUUGACUCCAAAUUUUGAAGAGAACUAUAAAAAGAUUUUUCCUCUAGGUACUGUUAGCAACCAAGUAAUAAUAUCUUGAUGGGCCUUUGUCUGAUAUACUUCUGAAACCUCCAAGCCAUCUGAGCUCUCCUUCUAGAAUCCCAAUGCCAUCCUUUGCACUGCUUGGCAGUCUUCCCUUGCCCUUCCCUAUGUAGUUCUCAAAUAUUGCAGUUGCCUUGUUCUUUAUUUUUUUCUCUAGUGCUGAUUAUCAGGGAGUUAGAGGCCUUAUCUACUACUCCGCCCUACUUGCUGUUUUAUUCAAACAGCUCUCCUUAGACUUGCUCAGGAUUUUCUUCAUUUUAAUUUUCCAUUCCAUCUGGGUGAGGUACCAUCCCUCGUUGUGCCCCCGGCAAAACACACUGCCUGCCAGGUGCUUCGUCCCACCAGGUCUCUGUUUUCACAGGGCAUUGUUUCUCUGGAUGUGUUCUGAGAAAUGCAGAGUGGCAUCUCAGCUGUGCAGGCACAGAAACACGUAGUGAAGUCACUGCUCUCAUAGGUCUUUCCACUAGCAACAUUAAAGCAUGUUCAUAGCACAAGGUAGAAGCCACUAUUCAAGUUUCCUAUAGGAUAUGGACUUCUUGGUGAAAACUCUUGACAUGUAAAUCCAAUGGCAGAGGUUUUACCUGUUUAGUAACAAGGCAAAACUUUAAGUGUAGGGAACAGUCUCAGCUUUCAACUUUCCUUCUUACUUUUUUUUUUUUUAUGCUAGUGCACAUCUUAAGAUUUGUACUACUGAAGGGUAUGUCUAUUCAAAAGGAGAAACCUAUAUACAUAGUUGGUUUAUAUGGAAUAGUAAACUAAAAUCUUCCAGGAAACUAUAAUUUUGUUGGAAAAUUCUAUGCAGGCAUUUUAAAAUCUAUUUAAUCUGCUAAGAACUUCCAGGACUGCUUAGAUCUCCACUGUGAAAUGCUCAAUUCUGAAUUUACAUCAUUUAGGAGAAGGAAGGAGGUAAGGAAGAAUGAGGUUUAGAAAAAUGUGAUCAUUUUUCACAAUCUGCCAGUACGGACUAUUCCAGAAAUAACAGGCUGGGGAGGUAGCUUUCAAAACUCUAAAUUUAUGGAUAAGAUUCCCCAUUUUUUGACAGCUACUAGAAAUCUAAAGCGCACAAACCUUUAAAUCUACCAUGCUUUCUGUUGUGGAAGGGAUGUGAUGUGAUGUUAACCUUUUUAAUCCUGGAAUACAAAUUUAUUUUAAAACGUGUUGAAUAUUUAAGGAUGACUUCAUGCAACUUAAUAAACCAUUUGUAAAGUGUUUGUAUACAACCCUUUGUAUCAUGUUGUUGGUACACCUUACCAAAUUUUUUUUGGGCAUGUAUUCCAUUCUUAACUUCUGUACAAUUUCUAUUGUUGCUGUAAAUAUUCUAAAAAGAGAGAAAAAAAAACAACCUGUGGUAACCUUAUUUAUCAGCAUGGAAAUGGUUAAUUUUUACUGAGCACAAUGUAUUUUUGAAUGGGCCUUCCAAAAUACGUCUUUAAUAAAAAUGCAGAUUUUGCACUAGAA